GCUAGUUUUCGUGCAGUGAAGUGUGGUCCUCUGUGUUUGUGUUCAGCAGUUCACUGACAUUUGUAUGUACUGACGAAUAUUCAGAGACCUUUGCAGUGUUUUUGAGUUAACACUAGAGGUGUUGAGUGUAAACGACGGUCUAUUUUACCAUUAGCGACGGUUGCGUUGUAACACGUUGGAUGUUUACGUUGGUCUCCUUCGUCCUCAGGAUCAAUGGCGUCCUGUGAGUGGAUAACGUCUUGUAUAAACGUCGUUUUGUCUGUCUCUGCAAUGCAUUCUGCGUACAGACUUUUUAAGGACCACAGAGCUCCAUCAGUUGGCCUCUUCCUGCUUGGACUCUCCACGGCACUCUGCGUCUUGCACCCCUCCAGCUCUUACCUGACCUUUAUUCAGAGAGACGCAAAAUGGGCCAGUGAGGUUCUGGCUCCAGCACUUGUCUCCUUUGACUUUCUCUGGCUAAGUGAAGAUCACAACACAGCUCAUAUUCUCCUGUGCGGCUCCUGUAUGCUGCUGGGACUGUGUGACUGGCUCUCAGCUGAUGCUCUCACAGUGAUGACACGCUGCCUGGCCCUGUCCUCUCUGUCGUGCUGCCUGACUGUGUGCCUGUUUGCUGGCAACGCUUUAGGAGCCCUGGGUGGUGUGGCCCUUAGUCUCCCGUUGCUGGUGGCUCCACUGGGUGGAACCAACACUUUUUCGUCUCUGAUUUCUCCAGCUGUCACAGAGGGACUUAUAACCUGGAUUUUAAAAGGCUUUAUGUCUGUUGGUUGUUGGGCCUCCAUGCAGGCCCUUCACAUGUUUCUUUUGGAUGUCACUGAACGAUGUCAUAUAGGCAUUCAGUAGAUUUCUGAAUGUUUAAGUUAGGAUUUGUUUUCUGAAUGACCUCAUUAGUUUUACUGUGUGAAAAAUUGUAUCUAUGCAAAUUUCUAACCUAAAAUCAGAAGUACCUGAGUUAACUUUAUUACACUACAACAAUGUUAAGAGUUUACCGUGCUCAUGUCACUACAGAACUUACUUAUAACAUUCAAAAAAACAUAUAAAUACCAUUUUAUACAAAAGACUUAAAAAUCUUUUAAUCGAUUUAAGCUAAGUUUCCUACAAGGCAGACUUUGCUGACAUUUGUCUGUUCAGACUAAAGAAACUCAAUGGUAGCACUUAACAGCAACAAUGCAGCAUAUUAACUGGUUCUGACCUUUCAGAUGUUGAGAUUGACACCUUUUUUUCUUUGUCAAGGCAUUAAGCUCUAAAAUAGAGGGGCGCUGAUGGCCCAUUGGUAAGGUCCUGCCCCUUGUGCCCUCCAAGCUGGUGGUCUAGGUUGGAAUUUGACACCUUUCCCACGAGUCAUUAUUAUUUCCAACUCCAGAUGCUCCAUUAUAGAGGCAUAAGAGCCCAAAUAUAAAUCUUUUUAUAGUAUUAAUAUAAAAAGACAUUUAAAAGAAGUUAUAGUUAAACGUAUGCUUGAAAAAAAAAAGACAAAAAAGAUUUUGCCUUUAUCAUAACAUUAAUUAAUUAAACAGGGAAACAUGAUAAUGGAUUUUUGCUGAUAUGCCAAUAUUUACAAAUUAAUUUGAGUUGAUACUGAUAAUCCACACAAAUAUUUUAAUGUAGUUCAGAUCUAAAACUUAAUUUUUAUAGCCAAAACAUUGGUUGUAAAUAUCGUUCUAAAUUUUCAUUCCUGAAUUAAACAAAACUUAAAUAAAGGACUACAUGUAGCAGAGUCAAUUUUAAGCUAGCCAGUUUGCUUGCACUGGUGUUACAGUAACGACCCAGCAUUAUUAAUAACACUAAAAAUAAAGCACUUUAAGAGAAAGAGCGGAAAAAAGAGAUUACAGAAAUUUUUUCAACUAUUUAUGUUGGUGGCUAGUUUAAAUUAUUGAUUAAUAAACUUAAAGAAAUACAUAUAGAAAAAAACUAGAAAUUGCUUGAAACAGGGACUCUAAAAUGUAACAUGCUUUUUGGAUAUUGAUUCACUAUGACUUACAGCGGUUAGGAGGUGUCUUUUUACUGGAAUUAACAACAGCUAACAAACCUUGACUGAACUUGAUAUGAUCUUAUUUUGAACUCAAAGCACAGAAAUCAGCUAUCAAACUAGCAUGGGAGUUCAAUUUGGCAUCUGCAUCGCUGUGGUGCAACAAUUACCCCACAACACACUAAAGUGCCUGAAUCACAUUCAUUAUCUCUUCAUAUGAUGUUGAGACGUUGACAAUUUAAUGCCCUGUUCAGCUAAUUUCAAAGAACGCCAGCUAGGCCACACUCACUCUCAGGUUGUUGACAUUCUCCACACAUCUCUUUGCACACAGUUUUAGUGUUGCAGAAUCCAAAACAUGCAGCUGCCUUAUACUCUGGCUCCUGUUUGCUCUGCAGCCUCAGCAGUAUCACAGUUUAAAUACCUGCAGUAGUCGAAGUUCCUGGCCCCGUCUCUUACCUCACCAUGCCCAACUGAAACUCAUCAAUGUUUUUUUUUAUGACUUUUUUUUUAUCAUCUGUAACAAUGGCUUCAUCAUUAUGAGUCACUGUCUCUUCUGUUAUUUCUGCGUAGCUUGUUUUCCCACAGUGUUGUCUGUAAAGUACAUUAACAUUCAUAGUGGACACUGCAGAUUCCCUCUCAGGAUUACAGAGUGCUGUGCAGCUGCAGGAGCAGUUUGUGCUGCAGUGUUCGACCAGCAGACUUGCUGCGUACCUUUGUGUGGGAGAGUGCCUUUGUCCGAGCUCAGAGAAUGCAGAUUUGCAGGGCUGUUUUCAAGGCAUUUUCAGUGUUUUUGCACAUUUUUGAUUUUUUUUAAUACCAAAGCAGUCCUGUUCAUUUUGCUUUCCCUACUUUUUAUGAAUUUGCAUUUACUUGUAGUUUAUUUUUUUGGCUGGAUGAUCUGUUUUAUUAUGUUUUUUGUUGUG